AUGGAUAACAGGAAUCUACCUGGUGGUGAUUUGAAUGACAUGUUCAUUUUUAAUGAGAUAAUUGGACACCUCGGCCUUUUGGAGUUGCCCAUCAAAGGCAGGUCCUACACUUGGUCCAAUAUGCAGGAUGAUCCACUCCUUGAGCAGCUUGACUGGUUCUUCACUUCUGUUGAUUGGAUCUCUGAUUAUCCCAUGACUGAGGUGCUACCUCUUGCCAGAACUGCUUCUGACCAUGUGCCUUGUAUGGUUACAAUUAAAACUUCUAUUCCAAAGUCUAAUAUCUUUAGGUUUGAGAAUUAUUGGUUGGAGUUGGAGGGUUUUAUGGACUGUGUUGAUUCCUCAUGGCAGAAACAAUCCAGAAAGGGCCAUAUUACUGCCAGGAUAGCUGACAAAUUUAAGUCCUUGAGAAUGUGUCUCAAAAGGUGGCAGAAGAGCAUUUCUAAACUGAAAACUCUAAUUUGUAAAUGUAAUAGUGUUAUCCUGCUCUUGGAUGAGCUUGAGGAAUAUAGAACACUCUACAGACAGGAAUCAAAUUUCAGGAUUGUGGUUAAAUACCAUGUUGAGAAAUUGCUCCACCUUCAAUGUCUCUAUUGGAGGAAAAGAUGUACUAUCAGAUACAUCAAAGUGGGUGGUGAGCACACCAAGUUCUUUCAUGCUAUGGCCAUGGAGAGAUACCGAAGAAAUUCUAUUGCUAGCUUAAAACUGCCUAAUGGUACGGUGGUGACUGAUCAUUCCCAAAUGGAGGGUAUUAUCUGGGAUUGUUUUAAGAACAGAAUGGGUUCUUCCAGGGGAAUUAACAUGGGCUUUGAUCUUUCUUCCCUUAUUGAACCAGUUGUGGGAUUGGAUGUUCUCACUAAGCCUUUUGAGAAGGAGGAAAUGGACUUGAUUGUCAAGCACAUGCCAGUUGAUAAAGCUCUAGGUCCAGAUGGUUUUAAUGGUCUUUUCUUCAAAAGGUGCUGGCACAUAAUUUCUCAGGAUUUUUAUGAACUGGCCCAGGCUUUCUUUCAGGGUACUGCCCAUCUGGAGAAUAUCAAUGACUCUUACAUAACUUUGGUGCCCAAGAAGCCCUCCCCUGAGGAGGUAGGUGACUACAUACCUAUCUCUUUAACAGGAAUGGGUCUUAAGUUCUUGUCUAAGAUGGCAGCCAAUAGGUUUCAAGAGUAUGCUGAUGAUACUCUUAUUAUCUUGCCUGCUGACAAGGACCAUCUUCUAGCUCUCAAGGAUAUGCUCAGGAUCUUCUCUGAGUCCACUGGUCUGGAUGUGAACUAUCACAAAUCCUUUAUUAUUCCCAUCAAUGUGGACACUACUGUCAUGGCUGAAUUAGCUUCUGCAUUUGGCUGCCAGAUUGGGAAAAUGCCUUUUACCUACCUUGUGUUGCCAGUGGGAACUACAAGGCCUAAAAUGCUGGAUUUUAUGCCACUGGUUGAUUGCAUGGAGAGGAGAAUGAUAGCUAGUUCAUCUUUUCUGAAUCAGGGGGAAAGGCUACAGUUCCUUAACUCUGCUCUGUCAUCUAUGCCCAUUUUCUUCUUGUGCAGUUUGGCUGUCCCAGCUGGAAUUCUUAAACAAUUGGAAAGAAUCCAGAGACAAUGCCUCUGGAGGAGGAAUAGGGGUCAGCCUGCCCCCUCCCUAGCUGCGUGGGACCUUAUUUGCAGGCCAAAAAACAGGGGAGGUCUUGGCAUUCUCAACCUUGGUUCCCAGAACGUUGCACUUUUGAUCAAACAUGCCAAUAAUUUCCUUAAUAAAAAGGAUCUCCCUUGGGUUUCUUUAAUUUGGGAUACCUACUACCAUAAUAGGGUCCCUCAGGGAACUUCGGAUUGUGGCUCAUUCUGGUGGAAGGAUAUUUGCAAGGUCAUGCAUCAUUUUAGGGAGUGUGCUUGGGUUCAGAUUAAUGCAGGGAACACUGCCCUCAUGUGGUCAGAUAACUUGCAGUUUGAUGGUCAGGUGUCUAGCCUUCAGCUCAGAUUUCCCAGGCUCUAUUCCUAUGUUAAGGACCCCUGGGUUACUGUUAUGGAAUUCUUGGGCUCUCAGGACAUUUUCCAGCAUUUCCACCUUCCUUUGUCCAGCCAGGCUUUUGAUGAACUGACUAUUCUCCAGUCCAUGUUGGGUGGCCUUAUUAGAGCACCUGGGUCCAAGGAUAUCUGGUUUUGGAAGGGCACUGCCAAGGGAUACUCACCAAAGUUGAACACCAAGGACAUGGUGGAUAGGAGGCAUUGGCAUUUGGAGGAUGGAGUGAGCUGUGUCCUUUGCCCUUUGCAUACUAGGGAAACAAGGGAUCAUUUGUUCUUCAAUUGCAACUUUAGUGUCAGAAUUUGGAACUAUCUGCAAAUUGAUUGGUCUUCUGGUGACUCCAUGGCUCAUUUGGUUCUUAAUGCUAGCAGGAGUUUUAGGAAGCCCUUCUUCACUGAAGUGGUGUUCAUUGCUUGCUGGAAUAUCUGGAUCAUCAGGAAUGCUAAGGUCUUCAGGCAUGAGAGAGCUAGAUUUAAUAAAUGGAGAUCUGCUUUCAUCCAUGACAUCAGCUUAAUGCAAUAUAGAGUGAAAGCUGCCUACAAAGAUGAUCUUCUACGCUGGAUUUCAUUCCUGCCACCUUGA